AUGUACAAUGAAGCCAACAAUGGUCUCCUGGUCCCGGUCUCCUGGUCGCGGUCCUGGUCCCGGUCCUGGUCCCGGUCCCGGUCCCGGUCUCCCGGUCCUGGUCUCCUGGUACCGGUCCUGGUCCCGGUCCUGGUCUCCCGGUCUCCUGGUCCCGGUCCCCCGGUCCUGGUCCCGGUCUCCCGGUCCCCGUCCCGGUCUUGGUCCUGGUCCCGGUCUCCCGGUCCCCGUCCCGGUCUUGAUCCCGGUCUCCUGGUCCCGGUCCUGGUCUGCUAUGUUCCUGUUAUGUUCCUGUUAUGUUAUGUCUUGGUCGUGUUGAACCUGUUGGACCUGUUGGACCUGUUGGACCUGUUGGAUGUGUUGGACCUGUUGGACCUGUUGGACGUGUUGGACCUGUUGGACCUGUUGGACCUGUUGGACGUGUUGGACGUCUUGGUCGUGUUGAACCUGUUGGACCUGUUGGACCUGUUGGACCUGUUGGAUGUGUUGGACCUGUUGAACCUGUUGGACCUGUUGGACCUGUUGGACGUGUUGGACCUGUUGGAUGUGUUGGACCUGUUGAACCUGUUGAACCUGUUGGACGUGUUGGACCUGUUGGAAGUGUUGGACCUGUUGGAAGUGUUGGACCUGUUUUUACGUCCUCAUGUUUUCCUGGUCAGUGAUGGUCUCCCCAGUAACUCUCUGGUUUUAAACUGCUCCGUGCUGGUUCCGAUCCGGGUCUCUGCCUCUGGUUUCCUUCCUGCUCUCUGGGCCCCCGGGACCGGUUGGGGCCCGGGUUUCCGGAGCGGAUGCCUCAGGCGGGUCGAGGCUCAGAACCUCAGCGGCUGGCUGCUGGAAUGGCUCUUCUGCUGCCGCUGCCUGACGGUGAACCGGGCUGGACUGGACUUUGACUCGGCGUCGGCGGCGUGCCACAGGCGGGGCGGAGAGCUGCUGACGCUGCAGGCUGAAAGCAGCCACCGGCUGUUGGCCCGCCUGGCUCCGGUUCUGUCCGGUAGCUUCUGGAUGGGACUGCGGCUGCCGGCCGGGUCCUGCAGCGACCCGGCAGAACCGCUUAGAGGGUAUCGCUGGACCUCCGGUGCUGCCAACGGCACCUUCAACUCGUCCUGGGUCCGGUGGGAGGCCGGCGCCGUGGUCUGCUCGCCCAGUUGCGUGGCGCUGGCCCGGUACCGGGUCUGGACGGAGCAGCCGUGUUCCGACAGACCAGACGGGUUUCUGUGCGGAACCGCAGACAGCAAUGCAUGCUGGGAGCAGGAGCUCUUCUUCAACGGCCCCUUCCGGUGCGACGACGCCCCCUGCCAGCAACGGUGUGCGGACGCCGAGGGCGGGGUCAGAUGCUCCUGUUUCCAUGGUUACGUCCCGGACAGCGAGGACCCGCGGCGCUGCCGGCAGCACUGCGCCCAGCAGAGCUGUCCGGCGGUGUGCGCGGCGGGCGGCGCGGCGUGCCGCUGCGCGGACGGCUUCCUGCUGGAGGAGCGGCGGUGUGAGGACAUCGACGAGUGUCACAUGGGGCAGUGCGACCAGAUCUGCCUCAACACCUUCGGCAGCUUCCUGUGCUCCUGCCGCCGAGGCUUCCUGCUGACGGGACAGGUGCGGUGCGUCGCCGUGGCAGCAGGUGAGGUCGUGACCCCGGCGGAUCGCAACAGCACUCUGAGGGCCGCCUCGGCUCUGCCGGGGCCCUUCCUCUGGGUCUGGGUGGGGGCCGCCGUGGUUCUGGUGGCAGCCGUGUUUCUGCUCAGACUUUACGUUGUUCGGCGUCAGAAACACAGAGAGCGAAGCUCCGGCCAGCAGCCGGCCGCUUCCGCUCCUCCCCCGGACCUCUGAACCACAGCUUUGGAACCUUUACGCUGUGGAGGACAGAACCUGGCAGUCGGCAUUCAGGGUGGUAGUUAAACAUUAAAAUGGCCGCCUUCUCUCCAUGUAGAAUUAUGUUUGUAACUUUUCUUCAAACUGUUGCCAUGGUUACCAUAACAGUUUGUUAGGAGACAGAUCAUCUGAAACAUCAAUCUCCUCCGAAAACAGUCAGUCAGAGCCAGGAGGCGGAGCUUAGUGCUGCUAAUCACCACCAUGUACUUGCUGCUAAAUGUGCUAAUGGCAGAGAAACAACUUGGCCGUCAUCGGUGGCUAUGCUAACUAGCCUUAGCAUUCAUGACAGCCUGUGCUAGCUGAAUGUAGCAGAGAGCAGGGGGAGAUGAGCAGCGCCACAGAAGGUUGUGAUUAACAGCGCUAAGUCUGGCUGCACCGAUCUAUUAAAAGUCCUGACCUGCCAGUUCCGAUUUUGGCCAAUAUCAAUUUUUUUUGUCUAAAAUGUUGGUAAAAUGAGGCAAAUCAGCACGGACCAAUCGGAGCAUCGCUAGCGCUAAGACCCGCCUCCUGCCUCUGAUCGUUUGGAGUUAGCGCUCAGAGAAGGAAGAGCAGAUUGUCUCGGCAGUAUAAACAAAUAUGUAGAAAAUAUUUUUAGAAAAGUUAUAAACUGCAGCUUUAAUGCAAUUUCAGAAAAAUCCUUCAGAGGAAAUGUUUAGAAAUGUCCAGACAUUUAGUUUAUGAGAAAUGAUCAAAUCUUGAUGCUAUAGAGACAAACUGAACAUUCAUUCUAAUGAAAUGAUCUGAUUCCUAAAGUAAUCAAUAAGUAAAUGUUAUUUUAUAUUUUCUGCUUUUACUAGGAUUUUAAAUCAAACUGUAACUGUUUGUUUUUAUUGCUCAUGUUUAAAGCUUUUACACAAAGUAUUUCUGUUUUUGUUCAACGGCUUUUAUUUCUCAUUGCCCCACGGAGCCGAGUUGGACUUUAGUUUGUUCAAUCGCUUUUUCUCAUCUGAGGGGAAAAAACGUUUCAAAACAUUUUGUUCUGUUAUUUUUUUCAGUUCAGUUUAAAUUCAGAUUUGUUUCCGUUUCAAAGAAAAAAAAACUACAUGGCCCUAAUUUAGCUCCAUACAGAACCGAGCAGAACCGACCCGCUGAGUUCUGUUCAGGUCCAGAACAGUGGCUAACAUUUUGAAGAAAUUCUCCAGCUGUAGAUUUGAUGUUUCCAUGGUGAUGCAUCCCAUAAUGUUGCUGCUGGUUGGAGCCUCUCGUCCCCUGAAUGCGGCGCCCUCUAGCGGAGGAAAACUGCUUCAGUUCUCCACCUGCAGGCCUGCCGGUUCAGGUCGAACCGGACCGGAACCGGCCCAGUAGGGCGGCCGCUGACCCGGUGCUUAGGUUCUGCUCAGAGUGAACCGGGUCGGCUGAAGCUGCGGCUCGGCGCUGAUAAGACUGGCUGCUCCAACCGAACCCGGACGGUACCGGCUGCAGCCGAGCCGAGCUGCACUCAGCCAAUCAGAGCGGGAGGAGGCUCAGCCAAUCAGAGCGGGAGGAGGCUCAGCGGUUGCUGAAUGUUGAACCUGCGGGGCAGAAACGGCUCAGGCUUCAUCCUGCAGCAGUUUAAGAGAUUUACUUUUUAAUAUCCACAAGUCAGAAACACACAAUGCUAAAAAAAUAUAACAUUUAACUUCCUGUCCACGCAACAACACAAAGACUUUCUGAAGAAUUAUUAAAAUGAAAACAGGAAAAUCUUUUCUGCAGAUUUCUCUAAACCUCCAAGGAAUCUAAAUCAAUAAUCAAUCCUUGUUGUAUUAGUUUAUCAAAUUACUUAAUUUUAUUAAAGAGUGGAAAAACUCA